AUGCUGGUCCCCAACUACAAGCCCAAAAGCUCCUCGGGCGGCCUCCGCAUCGGCAUCGGCAACGGGCUGCCGUAUAGCCCCAGCUACGGCUCCUCGUACGGGCGGCGCUCCUUCCGCCUCAAUGUGCGCAACAUCCUCCUCCUGACGGCGGGCGCCUGCUUCCUGCUGCUGCUCUGGAACAUGCGCUCGUCGUCGCCGUCAUCCUCGACAUCCGUAUACCACGCCGGCAAGGCGCUCCCGCAAUACUGGUCGGUCACGGGCAAGACGGAUCUGGAGGGCGUCACGACGUGGCCGAAGCCGAAGGAUUUCAGAGUCGUCGGCUUGGUCUUCUUCGGGCGGCCGGUCAGCGUGUCCAUCCUGGACUGCUACCUGAAGCGGAACCUGGCGCGCAACGGCGGCUUCCUGGACGAGGUCAUCUGGCUGGCGCGGACGAGCGUGGAGGAGGACCUGCAGUGGCUGGACGCGCAGGUUGCGGCCGAGCCGGCGUACACGAGGCGGGACCUGCUGUUCGAAGGCAUCGAUUAUGCGAGCGCGUACGACCUAGCGGAGAAUGGGACAAUGUAUAUCAAGAUGGAUGAUGACCUGGUAUUCAUGGAGGACCACGCCAUCGCGACGCUCGUGCAACACAAGCUCGAGCACCCGGAGAACUUUGUCGUCGCGGCCAAUGUCGUCAAUCAGCCAUCGCUCAGCUGGAUGCACUACCGCUUCGGCGCCAUCAGGCCGUACUUCCCUGAGUUGACGCCGCCGAACCCGGAGGAGGUGGCCAAGCAGGGUCGCUGGCGCCCGUCAGAACUGCCAAAGUGGAGCGGACCCGAGGAUUACCACAUCACCGAGGAAGACAAGCUCGAGCCGCCCUUCGAGGGGCACCGCUGGCUGCCGCUACCCGACGACUACCCAAUCGAGAAGACGCCGAUUGCGACGACGAGUUUCGAUGCUUUCAGCCAGGGUCUGUGGCACUGGCAGGUCGCGGCCCAGGAGCACUACAGCUUCUUUGAACACCUGGAAAACAAUGAUUUGUGGAAGUACAAGUUCCACACGCUGGACUACCAUUUCAUGCGCAUGGGUAUCCAAAUGAUUGCCAUUUGGGGCGAGGACAUCAUUGAAAGCGACAUUCACAACGGAAACGGUGAUGACGAGUACCAUUUCACCGAGGUCAUGACCAAGAGGACGGGCAGACAUGCUGUCGUCGACGGCCGUGCAAUCGUUUCACAUUACACUUUCCUGCCGCAAAGAAGCGGCCUGGAAUCGACAGAUAUCCUCGAGCGCUACAGAGCGUACGCAGAGGAGAAUAUUUGCCCGGGCAAGAUGGCUUGGCCGAAUCAAUUCUCCAAGCCUGCUGCUGCACAGCAAUGA